AUGGCCGCCAAUCGCGCCCAGCUCACGCUGAGGUUGCAACCUCUUCUUGCUACUCAGCACGCUCCACGCUUGGCUCUUGCUCGUACAAGCAGACGCCAUGCCUCGUCAUCGAUUGUUCGCCAGUCAGAUUACAAGUUCGAUGACAGGAAAGCACCGCCGCCUCUCAGCAGUAGGAGGUCCUCCUUGUCGUCCUCCUCGCCGUCUUCCUCGCCGUCCUCUCCUGCCAUCGACAAGACGUUCGUCCGCGGCGACGACACCAAAGCAAGGACCGUCUUCAUCCGCCCAAAGGACGGCAACCAUCUCGUCUCUGUCGUCCACACCCUCUCCCUCCUCGCUCAGCUCGCAUCCAAAUUUGGCCCGAUUCAAAGCUUCCACUUCCCCCGCGAACCUAGCUCGCAGCGCCUUCUCGGCUACGGUAGUGUCACCUUCUUGGAUCGAGAGAGCUUGCGCAAGGCACUCGCCAAUGAUGGCAUCCACACUGUCGUACUUCCGCCCGUCCUUCCGUCAAGAGCGCCUCGAACCUAUCUCUCGGACGAGGAGCACGAGCGUAUCGUGGGCACAGCGCCUUUGAUCAGCUGCGACGCUCCUUCCAAGCAUGGAUCGGCGUCUCAGACUCACCACUCGUCACGCUCCCUUCAGAACCCGUCCGCCUUGCGACCAGGCUGGACCGACAUCGCUCCUCUCGUGAACAUGGAAGCAGCUUUGUCGCCGCGCUACUAUGUCGACGAGUCCAGGGCAACAGCAGAAACGCCAGAAGAUGCCGUCAUCGCCCACGACGCCUCCUUCUACCUCUCCACUUCCUCGGUGUCGGUCGAGAUCAAGAUGGAGCACAGGAUCACCGCCUUGGCUAGUCGACCCGGCGCUCGAGCCGAUCGCAGAAGCGAAGAAUUGCGCAGGAAUGUCCGUGCAGCUUUGCACCAGUUCGGCGGCUUCAACGACACCUUCAAAAACACUUUCAAAAGGUCGGAACACGAGGCUGAAGGAGGGUUCGGUGAAGGACACUUCGAUCUAGAAGGGCUCAACGAUCAUCGGCACGGUCGCACCCGCAACUCUGGCUCUGCAGCAAGCGGUCAUUCUCAUGCUGGCUCUCGAUCCGGCCCUGCAUGGAACAGGCGCCCAGAUUCUAGAAUGCAGCGUGGUGGUCACGAAACAAGAUCGCUCUCCACUUCCGCCACUGCGUUCAACAGCGAGAUGUUCAAGGCCAAGCGCAAGGCAGAGUGGCAGCGCAAUCGACACUCGAACUUCAUCGACCAGCUCUACCUCCGCGUCACCGGCGGCAAAGGCGGCGACGGCUGCGUCUCUUUCCACCGCGAAAAGUACGUCCAGUUCGGCCCGCCAUCGGGAGGCAACGGCGGCUCGGGCGGCUCCAUCUACAUCCGUGCCGUGGAAGGACCCACGACGCUCGCGCGCAUCUCGCGUCGCUUUCGCGGCGCAGACGGUCCGCAUGGACAAGGCAGCUUCUUGCACGGCAAGAAAGUCGAGGAUAAGGUCGUCGAGGUGCCUGUUGGAACUGUGGUCACGGCGACUCGGCGCCUACGCAUCCCCGAGGAAGUCGAGGCCGAGACGUACUAUCAGGACCUGCUCAGGCGUGCGGCUAAGGCCAAGUGGGAUCCAACCGGUCUGGUAGCAAAGGAGGACAUCGUGCUUGCCGCCGAACACGAGGAGCGCAGCCGUCUCGCGAGAUUGCAGCCACCCGUGGAAGCGGACCAGCAGGCAGUCAGCCAGACCGAGGUGUCCGAGCUCGAUUCGACCGAAGACGGAGCAGCGUCCGGCGCGGAGAAAGCCAACGAAGCUGAAGAGGAGAUCGAUGGAGAGGACCUGCUUGAUCCUGAAGACGCGCGUCAGUUGCAGCUGCUACGUGACCGCGUCUGGCGCCACUAUCCUCGGGCGGAGGAGACCUACUACCGACGCAACGAGUUUCGAGCCGCCGAGAUGCGCCUGGCGAUCGAUCGCCGUCGCCGCCGCCGAUACCAGGCACAGGCUCAGGCUGCGCUCGCUGCUGCGGCUCACACCGUCGCAUCGUCUUCUAUCGCGGCCGAUCAGUCUUCCGCCGCAUCGGUCACUCCAUACGAGGAUGAGGAGCCGCUCGAGCAGCCCUGGCGCAUCGACCUCGACGAGCCCACGCCCGCCGACUCACCGGGCAUCCUGCUCGCUGCAGGAGGCCGAGGCGGCUUGGGCAACCCCACGUUUCUGUCGUCUGCGAACCGCUCACCCAAGUUCGCCACCAAGGGCGAAUGGGGAGAGGCGCUCGAGGUGAUGCUGGAGCUCAAGCGGCCUUCGGACAUCGGGCUUGUGGGUCUGCCCAAUGCGGGCAAGUCGACCAUCCUUCGAUCCAUCUCGGCGUCCAAGGCGCAGGUGGGCCACUGGCGCUUCACUACGCUCUCGCCCAACCUGGGCGUGGUGCGUCUGGGACAAGACGGCAGUGUCAUGGGUGUCGACGAUUCCGAGGUGCAGGAGGGUUACGGACACGACCGGGACGGCAGUGCGACUGAUGCGGACAUGCCGUCGGAUGCCGAGGAGUUCCGACUGGUGCUUUCGGACAUUCCCGGUCUCAUCGAUGGCGCGGCUGACAACCGCGGCCUUGGCCAUACGUUCCUGCGACACAUUGAGCGAUGCUCGAUCCUGGCGUAUGUACUGGACCUCACCGAGCCCGAGCCGUGGAAAGACCUGGGCGUGCUGCACAACGAGCUGGCUUCGUAUCGCUCCGACUUGCCAGCCAAGGCUCGGCUGGUGAUCAUCAACAAGGCGGACCAGUUCACGACGCCCGACGAGAUCGAGGCUGCCAAGACCAAGAUCGACCGCAUCCGACGCCAGGUCAACGAGAUCUGGGAGGAUCAGCAGGCGCUGAGGACGGGCGAGGUCAAUCAGGGCGCCGAGCGUGCUCCCAUGAAGGUGCUCACGCUUUCGGCCAAGAAGAAGCAGGGAACACAGGGGUUGGCCAAGACACUGGUUGAGCUGCUCAGGGAAGCUCGAAGCGAGGCGCAACAGGAUGUCGAGUCAGCUGAAUAG